ACGGCGCGGGGCGGACCGGAAGUGCGGCCGGGUGCUGUUGCCGUGACAGCGGGCCUGGAGCCGCCAUGGAGGCCGCGGCCGCGCUCACCGACAUGUACGACCAGGCGCUGCUGGGGAUCCUGCAGCACGUCGGGAAUGUGGAGGAGUUUCUGCGCGUCCUCUUCGGCUUCCUCUACCGCAAGACAGACUUCUACCGCCUCCUUCUGCGGCCCGGGGACCGCCUGGGCUUCCCGCCUGGCGCGGCGCAGGCCAUGGCCCUCCAGGCAUUCAAAGUCUUUGAGCGGAUGGCCCGGCAGGAUGACGAGAAGAGGCGCCGAGAACUGGAGGCAAAGCUAAGGAAGAAGGAGGAGGAAGAGGAGGCUGCCGAGAGAGUGAAGCUGUCCCCUGCAGCUCAGGAGGUUGAAGUAGAGACAACAGCAGAGCACAUCGCAGCGCCGGAUGCCGAGGGAGCUGCGGGGACACAAGAAUCAGCCGUAGCCCAGGACGCAGCCCCCAGCCCUGUGUUGGCGGAGCCCCUGGGAGCCGCUGCCCCAGCAGAGCCCCAGCCAGCAGAACUGCCCACGAGACAGGAGCAGUUCCAGACAAACCCCGACAGCUACAACGGAGCUGUGCGAGAGAAUUACGCCUGGUCCCAAGACUACAGUGACCUGGAGAUUAAAGUCCCCGUGCCCAAGCACAUUGUAAAAGGCAAACAGGUGUCUGUGGAUAUCAGCAGCAGCACGAUUCGUGUGGCGGUGCUGGAGGGGAGCAGCCAGCGCGUCCUCAUGGAAGGGAAGCUCACCCACAAGAUCAACACGGAGAGUUCCCUCUGGAGCCUGGAGCCAGGGAAGUGCGUUUUGAUCAACCUGAACAAAGGAGACGAGUACUGGUGGAACGCCAUCCUGGAGGGCGAGGAGCAGAUUGACAUCGACAAGAUCAACAAGGAGCGUUCCAUGGCCACGGUGGACGAGGAGGAGCACGCCGUGCUGGACCGCCUGACCUUUGACUACCACCAGAAGCUGCAGGGCAAGCCCCAGAGCCACGAGCUGAAGGUGCACGAGAUGCUCAAGAAGGGCUGGGACACCGAGGGCUCCCCCUUCCGCGGCCAGAAGUUCGACCCCUCCAUGUUCAACAUCUCCCCCGGUGCCGUGCAGUUUUGACGGCGGCGAAAAACGGCCGAGAAACGAAGCGGGGAGAGGAGAAACCCACCGGAUGCCCGCCCGGGACCCUCGCACCCAACUCGCCGAUGAUAUAUGCUGCCAGCACCCGUCCACUGCCUUCGCCACCCGGCACCGGCACCCGGCUGGGCGGUUUGAUGUGCAUGCGGGGAAACCUGGCGAAUGCAGAUUUACGUCCCGUCACCAAGGCAACUCGAGCGGCUGGGACCCUUCUCCUCUCCUCGCCUCGCGCUGGCGACGGUUCUGUUGUUUUUCAGGAAUAGACGGAGCUCGUUGGGUGACAUAAUUAUUAUUUCUGGUGGCUGAGGAUGCUUCUUUUCGGAUUGCUGGUGGUGCAGAUCCCUCCCCGCCCUGGCACAGGGCAGCUUUACCCCUCGCAGGCGGAGCUGCGCUCUCUGCAGCUCUGGGUACGGGCAGCGGGGAUGGCGGGGGGCACGUGGGGAGAGAGCCUGCCCCUGCCUGCCCCUGCCUGCUGCCCUGCCUGCUUGGCACCCCCAACUCCCCUUGCCGGGGUCUCCCAUGGGUGCUGCGCUGCCCCAGCCCCCUGCCUGGCUGAAGGGCCCUGUCCAGUGCCAGUGGGGGGGUUUGUCCCGGGCUCACCCCCCUUCAGCUCACUGGUAGAGGGGGUCUGGGGCGUGCCGGAGCGGGCGCACCCCCUCGCUCCGGCAGAGACCCCAGCCAGCCCCGUGGUUUGCUUCCCGUUCCUCGGGGGGUUGGCGGGGAGCAGCGGGGCUGUCACCCAUAGGAAAGUGGCAGGGGGGAGUCCAAGCUGCGCUCGGGGGUCCCUGGCAGGGGGCUACAAGCCCAGUCCUUGUGGCCACCAGCCCCCCAUACCCGUGGGCAGUAGCACCAGAAACAUCUGGGCUUCCCUGGAGCGGCACUUUGGGGUGUGGGAGGGGGAAUGUGGGAUUCCUGGGCCCCCCCAGGCCCAGCUUGGCUCUUGCAGCUUCCCACCAGCCCCCACCCUGGGAUGCAUGGGCUGGGGGUCCCCGGCCAUCACCUUGCCCCCCCCCCUUCCCCUCGGUUUGCAAUAAACACAUCUCUGGA